AUGUCCACCCCGCCAGGAUACCACGAUGAUUCCGCUGGCCCUACUGUGAUUACUGUAGCCGUUGUUUUCGGUGUUCUGACCACCGUCGUCGUAUCCGUUCGGUUAGCCACGCGAAUCUAUGUUGUCAAGUCUGUUGGAGCAGAUGAUGCGCUGAUUGCCAUAGCUGGCGCUUUUUCUUGGGUGUUUAUUACAGUGACGAUCCUGUCCGUUAAGCAUGGGCUAGGCGAUCACAUAGAACAUGUAAUGUCGCGGGGCAUGGAUAAUCUAUCAAACUACGGCCAGCUUGUUUGGUUUUCUUCAAUCUUCUACCUCACCUGCCUCUUCUUCAUCAAAGCCUCCGUCCUAGCCCUCUAUAUGCGGCUCGGCGACCAUCAGCUCCAACGCCUAUCCAUAGUCGUCCUUGCCAUCUGUAUCGCUCAAGCGCUCGCAAACGUCCUCGUCUGCAUAUUUCAAUGCUCGCCUAUCCCCGCUGCAUGGGACAUGCGGAUUACCGAGAAGGAAUGCGUCAACAUCAACGCCUUCUACCUCGCCAAUGCGGCCGGCAACAUCCUGACGGACAUCAUGGUGUACACCCUGCCCAUCCGGCUCGUCUGGAAGCUUCAGGUGCCGCCAAAGCAGAAAGUCGCGCUCGUCGUGAUGCUGUGUCUAGGUCUAUUUACCUGCAUCUCCUCUAUCAUCCGCAUAACCUACAUCCCCAUCAUGCUCAAAUCCCUCGACGCGACCUACGUCAUCAGCGGGGCGAUGUACUGGUCCGUAAUCGAGACCAACGUCGGGAUCCUGGCCGCCUCAAUUCCAUCCUUCAAGGCGCUCGCGAAGCGCUACCUCCCGCGUCUGCUGGACGAAUACUACUCCAACGACGACGGGAGCCGCAGCCGCAAGUACGCCCGCGGGUCCAGGACCAACAACUCCAAAAAGACAAGUAGCAAGAUGGGGUCGCGUCACAGGAUGGGCACGGAUGGGAGGGAGGUGCUUUGUAUGGAUGAGUUAGCCGGGUCGAAGGGGAAGCAUGGGAUUGUCACCAAUAUUGAUUUGCAGAGCGGGAACAGCAGCGAGGAGAGGCUGAAUGUGCCGGAUGGAAAGAUCAUGGCGAGUACGCAUAUUUCGACGCAUGUGGAGGGCAACAAGAGCGAUGCGGAGAGUUCGUAUGAGGAGGGGUUGGCGCCGAGUCUUAGUAGCAAGUGCGUGCAUAGGGCCUCUGCUGUUUGA